AUGAAGCUGGAUUACUAUAGUGUUAUUGGCGGGCUGGGCUCGCUGGACAGGUCGCACAGUGUGGUGCUUGGGCCGCAGGAGCUGCGGGAGCUGGUGAAGAACACGGAGGAGAAUCGUUCGGACACGGCGCUGCCGGACCUGUACCGGAACAACAAGGAGCGUGUGAACAUACACGGGUACCUCGGUGGGCGCGUGGACAUGAAGGAAGUGUCUGAGAUGACGUAUGACCUGAACCACACGCUGCUGGGUGGCUACGUGCCCAGGCAGCAGCUCGAGACGCUGUGCAGCACGGAUUUCGCGCGGUACAUGCACAGAAAGGUGGACUGCGGUGACGCCAUGCAGGUAUACGAUACUUUUCUUGCAGACAACCACUUGGGGCUGGCACAGAGGCCGCGCAUACAUACACAAACAACACAGUCACCACAAGCACAAUCACAAGCACAAGGACAAGGAAUAGCACAACCAAUGCAGGACAAAAUACCACCUGUGCAGCACGACACACACGUAAGGAAGGUGGUCGUGUGCAAACGCUGCAGCGCCAGGUUCCUGGGACCAAGCAGAAUGAAGUCUCUCCGCAGACACAACUGCAAAGCUGCGAUAUAG